AUGGACACAUCGCUCCAUAUGACGCAGGUUCAAGGCUCGUCGAGAGCUGACACAGAACACAUGGAGCUGCGCCAGGAGCUGAUCGAUAAGGAAUCAAUACUGGCCCUCGAGCAACAGCGUGUGCUCCUGAAUGAAGUCAAAGCGGCAGCGGUGCAGAAGGAGAUAGACUUGGAAAACCUGCGAAUGCAGCAGCUAAAGGAGUCUGCACGGGUGGAUGCACUAGAAAAUGCACUCUCACGAACCUCUGCACGCAAGGUUGUUUUGGAAAGGGAAGUACAGGAGAAGGACAUGGAGGUUAAGAGAUUGCUGGAACAUGCAAAUAUCUUGCGUGCAGAGCACAUGGCUUCGCUCACUCGUGCUGAGGAGCAGGAGAAAGAGAUACAAACUCUCAGAGCCGCGCUUUUUUCCGCGAAUAAGCAAGCUGCUGAUCUCCAGCAGCAACUUUCCGGUCAGAUGCAGCUGUCGAGUGACCUUCAGCGGCGCGUUGAUGCUGCUACUGAGAACACUAAGGUGCUUCAGGACCGCACAGAGAAAGCAGAGCAGCUAGCGUCAGGCUUAGAUACACAGCUCACUGUUGUGCGUAAGGAGAAUGAGAUGCUGAGCAGGGCCGUUCUGCUUAAUGAGCAAAUAGCGAACCAGUCGCUGACAGCAACAAAAGAGCUUGCGAAGAAAGUGCUCCAGCUGGACAGAGUGGUAGCUGAGCUACGACGGCAAAAGGACUUCACCACUGGUCAUUUUGAGCUACUCUUGGACGAGACUCUUCGUAUGCGACGAAUCCUUGAGGGCACGCCAAAGGCUGUCUCGAAGUUGCGCAGCAUAUGUAAGGCAGCUGUUUUUGUUGGUAGACUUCUGGAGCUGACGAAAAGCAGAAGAGGGUAUGGACACAAAAUUUCAAGCGACAAUGACAAUAUCAAUAGUUCUGUCAACAAGUUGCGCCCCGAUGAUAUAGCCGAGAUAGCUAGUCUAAUCGAUAACACAACGUACAACAGCAUGCGAAGCCAGGAUGCCAUCACUCUUCUCGCUCUUAAGUCUGCUAUUUAUCUGGAGUGCAAUUUCGUCAAGUCCAUAAGCGGGGCCGGGCCUCCGUCGAAGCAGAUACGUAAUAAGUGGGCAUUUCUCUCAGCAACUGGCAAGAAAACAAUGGCUGAAAUAAUCAAAGAGCUGAGGACAGACCUGCGCACCCUUUCCGACACCUGCUGCGAGUUGCAGAAAAUCAACGGAGAAAUAAAGGACGGCAUGAUGCGCAAGAGCAGCGAGUGCACAGCACUACAAGGUCAAGUGGCAUCCCUUCAAGCGGACAAAAACUUAAUGGAAGGAGACAUUGAGGGCCUCAACAGAAGAGUGUCGGACCUCUAUGACAACCUCACAGAUCUAAAGGUCGUUCAUGAUACUAAGUGCAGAGAAUUCAAUAGUUUACUUAGCUCCCUGAAGCAAUGCGAGGGAGAGCUGGAGCAGCGGAUAAACGAGGUGGCCAAUCUAAAGUCUCGCAUUGUAAUCAUGACAGAGUCCAUGGACGAGCGAGAGCGUCGAAAUAUGCAGCUUGAACGUGAUAUGCAAAGGCUGCAAGGAAAUAUACGCUGCAAGGAAGCAGAAAUAGAGAGCACGAGACGGGUAGUCGACCAGCUUGCUAUAGAGUCGCAGAAUACACGGAAAGAAGCUGAGGAGAAGCUCCGUAUUUUGAGGGAAACUGAGGCAGCACUUGAACGGGAGCGGAAUGAGCGGGCAGAGCGAGCCCGACGAAGAAUCCAGCUCCUAGAAAACCGUGCAGUUAUGGAAGAUGCAAUUAGCAAUCAAAUAGAGGAUGCAGCACGCGAGGCAAAUAGGCUGUCUGGAAGCUCUAGCAGAGGAAAUGGCUAUGGAUAUGGAGGGUUUGAUCGAUCCUGUGCGCCUCCACCUAGCAGUACAUAUGUAAUGGAUCGCGCGGAUAGAGAUAUAGCGACAGCAAUGGAGAACAGAGGGCUGAUUGAUCGCUCUGUGAGCUUCUCUAUUCAUGCGCAGCCACAGGAUACUUCCGCCUCCCACCGCAGUCACCCGCGAUCGCCAUCGGUUCCGGCCAUGUCCAUCACAGCAAGUCCCUUGGCAGUUUCCCGUGCGAGUGAGAGACUUACAAAGAACCAGAUGAGAGAUCUGAUGGCUUCGGUGGGUUCUGGAGAGUAUCGGUAUUAG